AUGGUUAUUCAAAGGAAGGAGAGGGUCCACAAGCUCGAUUACUCUCCGGUUAGUAUUGAUGCAUUCGAUCUUAUAUCACAGCUGCCUAAACACAUCAUUCAACACAUCCUCUUCUUCAUGCCUUCAAAAAACGCAGCUCGUACUAGUGUCUUGUCAAAGACGUGGCGACGAGCAUGGAUUUCGCUCCCUAUGUGUGAUUUAAGUUGCGUUCAAUUUUGUUUGUCUCGUCAACAUUAUGAAACUGAGGAGUUUGUGAACAGAGUUGAUGAAGCUCUAGUAAUACUCAAGGAGCAGAAGCUAGACCUUGGAAUUGAAGGCCAAGAAAAUAUCAAAAGCUAUACUUUGCCUAGGACUGUUUUUGGUGCUGAAGCAUUAACCGUAUUGAAGUUAAGAGGUUGUAAGCUGGUGGAUUCCUUAUUCGGCGACGACAAUGGAAAGUUUACUGUUUUGCGAGAACAGUCUAUAGAGGAAAUGGAUGUUUAUCCAAGUGAACGGAAGAGAGUACAGAAGCUCCUAUAG